AUGGGCCAGGGCUCGAGUACUCCCCUAGCCGACUGCCUGAAUGCGGUCUGCAACAGCCGCAGUGACUGCGUCGCAUACCCAGACAACCCUCUCUACCAAAUUUCCUGGGUGAAGCGUUACAAUCUCGACAUAGCAGUGACACCAGUAGCUGUCACGAGGCCAGACUCGGCAGAGGAUGUCUCCGGCUUUAUCAAGUGCGCUGUCCAGAACAAUGUGAAGGUCCAGCCAAAAUCCGGUGGUCACUCUUACGCAAACUUUGGCGUGGGAGGCACAGAUGGGGAACUGGUCCUCGAUCUCCAGAACUUGCAGCAAUUUUCUAUGGAUACCAACACCUGGCAAGCAACAAUAGGUGCUGGACACCGGCUGUCUGAUGUCACUCAGAAGCUCCACGAUAAUGGGAAGAGAGCCAUGUCCCAUGGCACCUGCCCGGGAGUUGGAAUUGGUGGACACGCGACCAUUGGCGGCUUGGGGCCUUCUUCCCGCAUGUGGGGGUCUUGUCUAGACCACGUUCUUGAGGUUGAAGUCGUUACUGCGGAUGGAACCAUUCAACGUGCAAAUGCCAACGAGAACGCAGACUUGCUUUUCGCAAUCAAAGGGGCUGGUGCCGGUUUUGGUGUGGUUACGGAGUUUGUGGUCAGGACUCAGCCUGAACCUGGAAGUGUGGUGCAAUACUCUUAUUCGAUGACCUUCGGCAAGCAUGCAGAUAUGGCAGAUGUCUUUGAACAAUGGCAAACACUCAUCUCUGACCCCAACCUUGAUCGGAGAUUUGGCUCGGAGAUAGUGAUGCACGAGCUCGGCCUCGUGAUCACAGCCACUUUCUACGGCACAGAAGAUGAGUUCGAUGCUAUCGGCAUUCCUGGAAGGAUCCCAACUGGAAAGAUUUCUGUCGUUAUCGAUGAUUGGCUUGGAGUUAUCACGGAACAAGCUCAAGAAGCUGCGCUCUACCUGUCGGACAUCUCGACGGCUUUCACCGCGAGAAGUUUGGCCUUCCGAGAAGACGAGCUGCUCUCCAAGGACGCAAUCAACAGCAUGAUGUCAUACCUUGAUAAUAAUGACCGCGGCACACUGCUUUGGUUUCUGAUCUUCGACGUUACCGGCGGCGCGAUCAGUGAUGUUCCCCAGAACGCCACCGCAUACUCCCACCGAGACAAGAUCAUGUUCUGCCAAGGCUACGGCAUCGGCAUUCCAACACUGACGCAAACCACCAAGGACUUCAUGAAUGGUCUAAUCGAUAAUAUCCAGGGUUCAGUGCCGCAGACCUUGACGACAUAUCCAGGUUAUGUCGACCCCGUUUUGACGAAUGCUCAAGAGUCAUAUUGGGGGCCCAACCUUGCGACCCUGGGCCAAAUAAAGACUAAGUGGGACCCAAACGAUAUCUUCCACAACCCACAAAGCGUCCGUCCGGGAACUCUGGACGUAAAGCAAGAAUCGAGCGCGAAGAGUAGAAGGUGGAGGUUUUAA